AUGCGUAUGCGUGAAUGGCGCAACAAAGGAGAACGUGUACCUGAAAAGUUUUAUCGCAAAAUGGUAGAGCGCAUGAAAUUGGCGGCUAUGGGACGCGAUACAGACGUAUUUCAUACGCCGUUAUUUCGACAAAUUGUAGGCUCAAUGUACGGCAUGAGCCUGGAGGAGAGUACAGCCAAGCGUCUCAAAGAAACUAGGACGAUUGACGAGUGGAUUUGGCUGUACAAUAAUUCGGCCAAAGCGAUCUUGGGUAAGCGAUUAUCGAGCGAAGCCGAGAUUUCGCUAGCUCUUGACGAGCAAAUGUCUCUUUUCGUGCGGUUCAUGUAUGAUACUCUCCGCACGAUGCCUACAGCAUCAAGCAGUGUUUUGGAUCAGUUGCAAGAGUACCAGUCGACAUCUGCGCGUACGUCUAUGGACGCAACCGAGACGACCCCUACCUCGGCCGCUACUUCAUCGUACGUCCAAGCAGUAGCUGCCCUCUUUACUACGAGCAUGGAUCAAGUGGUACUGGAUAUCCAGUCGAUCCAGUCUACAUGUACCAUUGAAGCGGCAUGCCAAGAUCUAAAACGGUGUGUGUACUAUGUUCAUACCCAACACCCUUGGCCUGGCUGUGCCGCCGACUUUCUCUCAGAUGAAGCCUACCAAACAUGGCGGAAAAGCACGCUGGCUUCAUUGGCUCAGCAAAUGUCUAUGUUAGAGGCCACGCAUGCAUUGCCUCCACGACCAAGCGGCACCAACCCCUUUGCAUCAAGUAUUGACGUGCAAGACGUAUCCAAAGACGCGACAGACGACGAGUUUACCUUUAUACCUCCUGAUCCCAAUGCUGCCUACUUUCGUUUAGCGCAGCGGUGCCUUGACAAAGAUCUAGAAACGAUUCGACAGAAGUCAGCCGAAGAAGAAGUGCUCUUAUCUAUCUUCUCAGCUAAGCAUGUUGAGCUCUUGCGUAUUUGUUCCCAAAUGUGGAACAUUUCACCUGCGUUCUCAGCGCUGGCAACUAUGCGAUUGUUUAAGAGCAAGUUUGAUGCUGGCGAAAUCCCAUUUGCAUGCCUUCCUGAGGCAUGGAAUGACGUUGCCCAAGUUUUGCAGCUCUCAUCCCCGACACAGUGGCGUACGCCUGAGCGAACUCUGCUCACCAAAGUCACCGACGGGUUAGCAGAAACGCUGCUUCGCCUCGUGUAUUCUGUGUAUUCGACUGAUGAAGCUACCUCGGAUGAAGCUCGGCCAGCCUUGUCCUUGCUUGCGAAGGUGGAAGCCGUGCCACUUCCUGAACGGCCAGAUUGGGUAGUGACACGUUCCAAGUCCUGGCUGGAGGCUGUGCACACACUGGCUCACCAGCGGUAUGCUACGCAAGUGCAAGCUCUUUGGGGCUCGAAACCUCUGGUCAAUACCUUUUCCGCUCUCCUAACGUGGCUAGAGCACCAGCACCAGCACUGGUAUAUGUGCCUACCACUGCCUGUCCUUGGCGCGCCUGUGUGCGACCAAAUUGAUCAGCACCUUUUCCCGAUGUAUGUGGCCGAUCUGGCUGCCGCACAUAAAGUUAUGUGGCGUCAAGUUCAAGCCCAGCAGGACGCGGACUCAAUCAACGAAGCGUUGUCGUUGUGGAAGCGACUGCAGCCGUAUAUGUCACGCUACAACUUGGAUGCGGCCUUCCUUCGCUCCUGCUUCCAGCCGUAUGUCGAAGCAUGGAUGGCGUGGAGCGAACAGAAAACGAGUACAUGGAUUCAUACCGCCUUGGAGAACGAUACCUUCCAGCCGAUGAGCCACGAUGUGGCUCACAGUGCGUCGAUCCAUGAUGUUGCGCAGGCAUGGCAGCAAUCUGUUUCCUGGCUGCAAGCCCUGGCUUGGCCUGAUGCAUACGAACAGGCCCUGUUUUAUGCGGCCCUCACUCGAUCUAUUGGGCGCUUGCUAGAGCAGUAUUGUCGUGAACUUGAAGCGAUUUAUAUGAGUGACAUGACACAAUCGCCGCUUCCUACAGCCUCUUCCACGUCUUCUCAGACCUCCUCCAGCUUGGCAAGUGUCGCUCUCGCUUCGCUACCAGCGAAGCAUGCUGCUUGGGUGGCGAAGGCGCAGCAAAGCUUGCAGGGUGAGAAGCCUGCGCCACCGUUUGUACUACAGCCGUACUCCUGCAUCAAGCUGAACAAUCUAGAGACAGCGCGUCAUGCGUUGGAUGCGUUGUACCAGGCUAUGGAUGCUGAUCAGCAAGCGGCGAUUGUACAGCAAUUUCAUGCCAAGCGUACCGCCAAUUCGAGGGAAGCGGAAGUCGCUGCGUCUGCCGCCUCAGCACAUGCAGUGGAAGCUGCAUCGCCACGCAAGCCUACGUCGGCGCCUCGAGCUACGCCUACGUAUUCGUUUGGCGUGAAAAUUGUCCAAGCCGAAUUGGCUGCCACACCAGAGGCCCUGCGCCUCGAUACUUUUGUCACGAUUAGCGAUGAGCAAGGCCAGCGGUUGGCUAAAACACGUACCAUCUUUGAUACCCUCUCCCCCCGCUGGGACGAAGUCAUUGAUGUGGCGUGCUCCCAUGCCCAGUGGAUUUCGAUUACGGUAUGGCAACGUACAUUUGAGCAUGAGCCCAUGCUGUAUGGCCGUUCAUCGCUGCAUCUCAAUCCACGUGCGUUCCAGGAGCACAAAACACGCGAUGUAUGGCUGGAUUUAGACGGUCAUCAUGGCCAAGUGGCGCUUCGUGUGAGCCUCGAAGAAUCACACGAUGGAAUUCUGUACUACUUUGGGCGUGCGUUCCGAGUGUUAAAGCGUACAGAAACGGACAUGGUGCGUGUCUUGGUAGACCACAUGUCGUUGGUCAUGCGGCAGUACUUAUCACGUUCCGUGCUCAAGUCGCUUGUGCGUGGUGGUCGUGUGGAUCGUGUGGUAGGCAAUAUGCGUGCCUUGUAUGCAUCGGCGAUGGCACAGGCACAAGCGCAUGGCGCGAUGCCCUCGAUCCCGCCUGUGGAUAUGCCCAAGAAAGGCUCGUUGAGUGACCAGGAAAUGGAAGCGGUCCUCAAUCCUUUGCUGGAUUACUUUGACGAUACGCUCGGUACGCUCAAGAGCAGCUUGAGCGAUACGCAGCUGCAGUUUGUGCUUACGCGCGUGUGGAAAGAGGUGCUACGUACGUUAGAAAGCUUACUGGUCCCUCCUCUCUCUGACGCACCCUGCGAUAUGCGGCAGCUCUUGGAUAAGGAGGUCGACAUUGUGUUCAAAUGGCUCUCGUUCCUGCGCUCGUACUUCAAUGCAUACGAUCCCGAGACGGGCAUGGCCCAUGGUAUCCCUCUUGAUAUCCUGCAAGGCCCACAGUACCGUGAGCUCCUCUCCUAUUUGCUAUUGCAUGAUCAAAGUACCGAUGCAUUGAUGGUCGAGUGUGUCCGCGGCUUUCAAGCGCGCCUGGCAUCCAGCCAGCUUCCUCGCCGCGCUCGUGCCAAGUCGGUAUUGACUCAGCGCUCCCUUGGCACCAUCAAGCAGCAUAAACGCGACAAGGUUACCGAGGAUGACCAGUCGCUGAUGACCGAUAUGGCCAUGAAAAUUCUGCGCAUGCGCCCAGGCACCGGUGAUUUUCUUGCACAGCAGCUCAUCUCGCUUCAUGCCCUUCAAGCGCCUGUACGACAGCGCACUUCGACGCCUUCGCGACGCGUCUCCAUGCGUCUCGAAGCGCUUUUUCGUGGAUGA